AUGCACCCUGUUGAGUCAGUCAACCGUGUACCUGACGCGCCAAACACAUCAGCUGAUAGCGAGGAUGCGGUCGCCCCUCCGCUCCCACUCUUGGACAUUGACUUUUUCUUCUUGGGCGGCUUUUUCUUGGGCUUCUUAACUGGGGCUUUCUUAGGGGGAGGCGGGCGCGGGGGAGGCGGACUGGCGGGGGGCGGAGAGGCGUCAACAGCGGGCGGCGGCGGCGAAAGGGCGGUGGCGGAAUCUGGGUCCGCGGAAGCUUCUUUGGCGCCUGGCGGGGAGAGGACGCCGGACGCGGAAGGGAGGACAGGCGGAGGCGGGCUGUUUGUAACGGGUACGGCGACUGGUGGAGGCGGACUGUUUAUAACGGAUGCGGCGGCUGGUGGAGGCGGGCUUGCUAUAGCGGAAACAGCGACAGGAGGAGGUGGGCUUGCUGUAACGGGUACAGAGACAGGUGGAGGCGGGCUAUCUACGACGGUUACGGCAAUCGGCGGAGGCGGGCUGCUUAUAACGAGAUCAACGGUCGGAGGAUGUGUCCUGCUUGCAGCUGAAUCCGCAGGAGGAGGCGGGCUGUUAAUAGCGGAUUCAGUUAAUGGCGGAGGCGGGGAGAGAGUGCUCGAGACAGCUAGCCCAAGGGGGGGCAACGAGGGAGGGGGGGAACCCACAGGGGGAGGCGGAGAAUACACAGGGGGAGGCGGAGAGCUGACAAGGGGAAGGGGAAGAAGGGGGGUGGGAGGUGGUGAGGGAGGGGGAGACGGGGGAGGAGGACUUGGGGGUUGCGGGGGAGGGGGCGGAGAUGGCGGGAGCGGAGGGUUGGGCGGUGGAGGGGAGGAUACCAGCGGAGGGGGAGACGCGACAAGUGGAGGCGGGGAAGCGACGCGCGGAGGGGGCGACGCGACAAGUGGAGGCGGGGAAGCGACGAGCGGAGGGGGCGACGCGACAAGUGGAGGCGGGGAAGCGACGAGCGGAGCGGUGAUGGGGGGAGGCGGGGGAGACGGGGGACGAGGCGGAGGGGGAGGGCGCGGGGGAGGUGGUUUAGGCGGACUGGGCGGCGGCUUCGGCGGCGGAGAUGGCGGCGGCGGUCUCGGCGGCGGGCUCGGCGGCUUGGGCGGCGGCGGCGGGGAAGGCGGUUUCGGCGGAGGGGGCGGGCUUGGUGGCGGCUUUGGCGGGGGAGAUGGCGGGGGCGGCUUCGGCGGGCUGGGCGGUUUAGGGGGCGGCGGCGGAGACGGCGGAGGGCGCGGUGGGGGAGGCCUAGGGGGAGGGGGGGACGGCGGCGGCGGGGACGGCGGCGGGCGAUUUGCAACGAAUUUCUGA